GUGUCCGACAGGACCAUACGCCGCUGGAAGGCAAGUCGUCGACGCUCGUGAUACAGCAUCGAGCACGACCUAACGUCAUGACAACAGCUUGAGCUUGAGCGCUAUGGACGCAUUGGAAAGCCGCCGGAGAGCAGGACCGGACGACACCGCGUCAUGAACAAGGAUGUCGAGCAGGCCCUCUUCGAUCGCGUCGCGCAAAAGCCAGACAUGUCUGUCGAUGACAUGCUCUGGUGGUUGUACGACACGUAUAAGCUCGUCGUCGGUACGCGCACUAUCCGAAGAGCUUUCGAGCGCCGCAACACUUCGCACAAGAAGUUCCGCACCGAUGCGCGCAAGCACUUCACCAUCGACAUGGGUGUUGACAUGGACCUGGAUACCGACGUUGAUGUCCAUGUCAACACUCAACCCCAUGAUGACCAUGACUCGAUGCACAAUGUCGUCCAAGAUCCCACGCCCGUGUCCGCUCCUCAAGCCCAUAUGGCCGUGUCGCAACCAGACACGACAUAUCAGAGCCCGUACGCCCCGCUCAUGGCCAUGGCCGAUGCCACUGAUGACAGUGCCCAGCCACCACCGCCAGACAUCAGCCCAGAGUUGGCCCGCGCACUGGGAGGCUUGACCGAGUCCACCGCCAUGCACCAAGAUCUAAUGCCUGAACACCUUGACCCUCUGUCUGAGGACGAGGAGACAUUGCAGUUACAGCUCCAGCAGAUCAUGCUGCAGAAGAAAGAGGUCGAACUCAAACUCAAGAUGCGUCGCUUGAUGCGCCAACGACGCGAGUCACACACGCCAAACGACGAUUCGUUGUUUGAUCACCUUGAUGUAGACACUACCACUGCCUCGCACAUGCAUCCAGACUCGACCGCAAACAACGAUCCCUUUGCUCCACAGUCUGCCACCACAGGCACUACUCCAACUACACCCAAGCUUCGGGAUUCCCGUAGCAAGAGUAAGGUUCAAGAAGCCCGCAAACGUACUGAGGAACGUCAAGAACGCAUGCUGAAGGAUCUUGAACGCCGCAGUCGCCGUCGCGAACAUCUAACUGCCGAGUGGGUACAGAGCAGAGAUGUCUGGGCAAAGGGUCCUGAGAAGCUGUUGGUUCAGCUAAUGCACAAACACUCGACCUAUGCCUACAACCAAAACUCGCUCGAAACCUUCGAGGCCAUAUUCGCAGAACUGUAUCACCUCGUUGACCACACUGAGUGGUAUGCUCCGGUCCAUGAUGAUCUUCUUCGCGAACGCACUCGCCGCAAGAUGAGUCAACUUCGCAGCAAGAUGGUGAAGAGUGGUGAGAUCAUUAGCCGUGGUGAAGGUUAUGGCGGUUGGACCAAGCCUGACGAUCAUGAUACUAUGGGUGGUGCAUCUGAUCUGACUGGGACGACAAACGAUGAUACUAGUCUUGAUUUGUCCCAGCACCACCAUCACAUGAACGGUUUAUCUAUGGAUCUUCAUAGUCACGAUCCUAACCACGAUACGCUCAUGGCACGCGACGCAAUGAUGCAGCAUGAUCACAACAUACUGGAGCAUCUUCAAGGCAACACUGCCGAUUUGCAUCACGCAGACUUUGACCACGAUCAGCUUUCACGUCACCAGAACGAGCUACUUGCGCAGCGUGGCAUCGCACAUCAGGAGCACAUGUCUAACCAGCGUGCCAUUGAAGAAACCAUGGCUGCUGGUCUAGCCUCGGUUUGAGAUAUACAGGCUCGUUCUCGAUAGCUUUCCGGCAGUGAUCCGUGUGUAGAAAUGGCUCCGUUGCUGCUAAUGCUUGUACGAUUAUUCAUGACUUCAGUGUCUUUCACUAGUUCGAUGCUGCGCAUCGUUCUUGCUUCAAUUACAACUCUUCUCUGUCCUGACUUACUUGCUGCCACUUGUAAACGUCUCUGUGAUGCA